GCUGUGAAGAAAGAACCAACUCGCGUAAAAACAGCAAGAAAGCGAGCCUACUCAUCCACAAACAAGUCAAAGUGCCGACAGAUAUUGAUCGACAGUCGAGCAAUGUAUCGAUCGACAAAAGCCGACACGCUGCCGAGGCUGCUGCACCGAUGUUUAUCGACAUCGAUCAGAGCGUGCCCGACAUUGACGCCCUCUACGGGCAGCUUGUGGUGGUGACGGCUUUCUCUUUGAACCACAUGAAGGAAGCGAUGGGAAUGAUCGCUACGGCGCAGAAGAUCAUGCCGCAGGUCAAGAUCAUUGUCUAUGACAUCGGACUGCUCGAAGAAGAGGCAAUCAAAAAGGUUUCGACGCUGUGCAAUGUUGAACUGCGGACAUUUAACUUCAAUAAGUACCCACGCUACGUGUCAUCGCUCCUAACAUACGCCUGGAAAGUUAUCAUAAUCAAGGAAACCUUGAACGAGUUUGGCGCCAUCUUUUGGGCAGACGCCUCCGUAAGAUUCACCAAGUCUUUGAAGUCACUGCUCCCGUACGCCGUAGAGCACCAUGGGUAUCUAUCUCGCAUCCACAGCUACAGAGCCCUCAACGUCAAGCCAAUCACCCAUAACUACUAUUUCACCAACGACCUGAUGUUCAAGUCAUUCGGAAUAGACAAGAAAGAGUAUUCUCAGUCACCCUACGCCCCACACCCGGCCGCAAACCGACAACUUAUAAUAAACAGUACAACAGUCCAGCUAAAGUAUAUGCGUCCGAUGUACACGUGCGCGUUAAACAAGACUUGUAUAUCUCCAAAGGGCGCACGGUACAUGCAUCACCGAUUCGACGCAUCUGCACUGAUGCUAGUAAUUCACAAAUUCUUCCCGAACGAGUUCAACAGGGAAAACGACCACAUACAGGACUUUGAUAACACUAUGUAUGUCGACCGAGUGUCAGCACACCGCUUUAAUGCUACAUACUGUCCGGCACAAAACACCCGAGUCACUGAGAACAAACUAGCUAAGGCCGUGUCCGAAACGGCGACUUCGGCUACAGCUACGGCUAGAUCGCGCGCGUCUGCCUAUUCUUCAACACUGGUAGACGCGCUGAUCUAGACGUAGCUGUAGCCGAAGUCGUCGUUUCGGACACGGCCUUACUAAUGCACGAUUCACCCAAUAGUGACUUGGGAACAGACUAGACACACCUCGUCAUCUCGGCACCAAACACCUAUUAGUGAGGGGAGAACAGACUAGCCACCUCGUCAUCUCACACAAGAAAUAUCCGAUUGACUGAAAACCGACUAUAGUCGUCUCGGCACCAAACAUCGUACAGUGAUUAGAGAACAGAUUAGUCAUCUCGUCAUCUCUGCACAAAACACCCGAGUGGCCAUCCAUGUUUUAUUUUUACCUAAAGGAACACCUUGCCUAGGAUCGGACGAGUUGGUCUAUAA